ACUACCUGUCUUCAGAACAAGAAGCUAGCUGCCGCCAUCCUCCCUGUGCCGCUGCAUAGCCGAUCAUCAUGGUACAACUGGUGGGUUCCCUUCGGAAAGAGCUGGCUGACUCCCUUGCCACCUGCAAGGUGCUGGUGGUGGGAGCGGGAGGAAUCGGCUGCGAGCUGCUGAAGAACCUCGUCCUCACCGGCUUCAAAAACAUCGACGUGAUUGACUUGGACACAAUUGAUGUCAGCAACCUGAACCGUCAGUUCCUCUUCCAGAAGAAGCAUGUCGGCAAAUCUAAAGCACAGGUGGCCAAGGAGAGUGCCUUACGGUUUUGUCCCUCUGCAAAUAUCAUUGCAUACCAUGACAGCAUCAUGAAUCCUGACUACAACGUGGAGUUCUUCAGAAAAUUUGUGCUGGUGAUGAACGCUCUGGAUAACAGAGCGGCACGUAACCAUGUGAACAGGAUGUGUUUGGCAGCAGACAUCCCUCUGAUAGAGAGUGGCACUGCUGGUUACUUGGGACAAGUGACAGUUAUCAAGAAGGGAAUUACUGAAUGUUACGAGUGCCAACCUAAGCCAACCCAGAAGACCUUCCCAGGAUGCACCAUCAGAAACACACCUUCAGAGCCCAUUCAUUGCAUUGUCUGGGCCAAGUAUCUCUUCAAUCAGCUAUUUGGAGAAGAGGAUGCGGAUCAAGAGGUAUCCCCUGAUACAGCAGACCCCGAGGCAGCUUGGAAACCUGAAGAUACAGCUGCUCGCGCCACAGCCUCCGAAAAGGACGGGGACAUCAAGCGAGUCUCCACCAAGGAAUGGGCUCGCUCCACAGGAUAUGACGCAGAAAAACUCUUUAAUAAGUUAUUCAAAGAUGACAUCAUGUACUUGCUGACCAUGGACAAACUUUGGAAAAAGAGGAAAGCCCCAACUCCUCUGGACUGGAAGCAGCUAGAGAACUCUGCGUGUCCUCAAAAGGAGUCUCCAGUUUCUGGUUUGAAGGACCAGCAGGUUCUGGGGGUUUGGGGUCACUGCCAGCUGUUUCAGCAUAGCGUGGAGACCCUCCGCUCACAGCUCACGGAGAAGGGAGAAGGAGCUGAGCUAGUGUGGGACAAGGAUGACCCUCCAGCCAUGGACUUUGUUACUGCAGCAGCUAACUUGCGUAUGCACAUCUUCAGUAUGAACAUGAAGAGUCGUUUUGAUGUUAAGUCCAUGGCAGGUAAUAUUAUACCAGCCAUUGCUACAACCAAUGCUGUGAUCGCAGGACUCAUCGUGCUGGAGGGAUUGAAGAUCCUUUCUGGAGAAAUGGAGUCCUGUCGCACGAUCUUCCUUAACAAGUGUCCCAAUCUUCGAAAGAAGCUGCUGGUCCCAUGUGUACUUGACCCGCCCAGUAAUGACUGCUACGUCUGUGCCAGCAAACCUGAAGUCACAGUCAAACUUGAUGUCCACAAAACCACGGUCCUUUCCCUGCAGGACAGGAUCCUAAAGGAGAGGUUUGGCAUGGUGGCUCCAGAUGUUCAGAUAGAGGAUGGAAAAGGGACCAUCCUUAUCUCCUCAGAGGAAGGAGAGACGGAAGCCAACAACGGCAAACUUCUCUCAGAUUUUGGAAUCCGUAAUGGAAGCCGCCUCCAAGCUGAUGACUUUCUCCAAGACUACACACUCCUCGUUAAUGUCCUUCACAGUGAGGAACUAGAGAAGGAUGUGGAAUUUGAGGUAGUUGGUGAGGCACCCGACAAAGCUCCUCCCCCUCAGCCUACCAAGGAAGAGGUUACCAGUAUUACCAAUGGCAACAAGGACUCUGCCCAGCCAUCCACCUCUUCUAAAGCUCCAGCAGAGGAUGACGACAUAAUGAUCGUUGACUCUGAUGAGGAAGGCGCACCGUCUGGCUCUGCUGCAGCAGCGCCUAGCAGUACAAAGAGGAAGCACUCAGAUGCAGAAAUUGGUGAGACCUCCACCAAGCGCCCUAGGAUAAACCAAUCAAGUGCAGCAACAUCCCCUUCCAACAAUGACGACAAUGACAUUAUUGCUUUGGACUAACCCAUCUUCUCCAGUCCUCUGUAAGACUUGAAACUCUUUGAACACUCGUCAUUUUGGCUCAUGACUGACGGUUGCUGUAAAUAAAGCACCUCUGGUAUGAAGAACAGUUACCCUGGUUAGUCUUUGAUUCCCUCUCUAAACUGUUUGUGUUUUCAUAGUUCUUCUGCUCUGUGACAUGAUACUGUAAAUAGAUUCUACUUUUGAAAAAUACACAAAACUUGUUAUUCUUAUUCAUUUCUGGUCCCUAUAUAAAUGCUUCUCUUGAUGGUAAAUUGCUUUUUGUAGUCAUUUUUAUAAAUGUAACGAUCUCAUGCAACACAAGUCAAGGUGUGUUUGUGCUUUGUGGUCAGGUUAAAAAAAUGUAAAUACCAAAAACAUACUUGGGUUUUAUAUCGAGCUUGUUGUGAAGGGACAGUAACAGUCUAGCUGGUGUGCUUGCCUGUAUGUAUUGUUGAAGUUAUCAGGUUAUUAAAGCACAGCACACAGAGUGUUUGGCCAUGUUGUGCAACUGGAUGUUAGUUUUCUACCUCUUUUCUAGAACUAACAUGUUUUAGUUGCAAAUAUGUUGCCAUGCCCUACACAACACCACCACUGUGAGGCAUUAAAAACCGGUCACUUAGAAGUACUAUGGAGCAUCACAGUGGCUUCCUUUUGAAACUGCACUGUAACCUAAAGGCUCUGGCAAAGCACAAGCAGAUUAAAACCAGGCUAGUUUUAGUUUAAUGUAAAUAUGGUACAGUUGCUUCUGAGUUACUUGGUUCGGUUUGUUCAAAGAGGUCAACCAUUUUUGUCUUGAAAAGAGAGAUCUCGAUCAGAACCAGAGAUACAGUCGUGCUAUAAUGAAAACUAGACUUUUUUUUCAAUGGUAGUAGGAAUCUGUACGAAAGUAAUGCAAGAACCACUGGCACAACGUAUGGAAGUUAUGCUUCUGCUGCCCUCUCCAGCGUAACCCCUGUGUCAGUAACUAUAAUUUCAUUUUCAUUUUGAACUGACUUGUUGGAAGCCUAUGAGUGCCCUUUGAACCAAUUUGGUAAAUAAUAAAUUCAACAAAGUGAAAGAC